CCCUCCACGCCUCCCCCACUGAUUCGCUCGCCGCGGGCGCGGCGCGCGCGAGAUCCAGCGGCGCACCCGGCGAGAUCUCCCGCCCGCCCCGCGGAUCACUGGUACGGCGCCGACGCCGACGAGCUCGCAGCCAUGGAGGCGUCGUCCUGGGACGCCCUUCGGAAGCAGGCGAGGAGGUUGGAGGCUCAGUUAGAUGACCAGAUGAUUGCAUACCGUAAAUUGGUUUCCAUGAAAUCAGAUGGCUCAGAGAAUGACAUCGAGGCUGAUAUAGAGAGAUCCUUGAAGCAGCUUCAGCAAGUAAAUUCUCAGAUGCAAACCUGGGUGUCAUCAGGAGGCUCUGAAGUUCUUUCUCACACGCUGACUCGUCACAUGGAGAUUUUGCAAGACCUUACUCAGGAAUUCUAUCGGCUUCGAUCAAGCCUCCGAGUGAAGCAACAACAUGCGUCCCUCCUUGACUUGAGAGACUUUGACAGAGCAAAGUUUGACGUCGAAGAGGCUGGAGAGUCGGAAGCUCUUCUUAGAGAACAAGCUGCAAUUGGCAGGAAUUCCGGACAGGUGGACACCGUGAUUUCACAAGCUCAAGCGACACUGGGCGCCCUCAUGUCUCAGCGGUCAACAUUCGGUGGCAUUACUACCAAAAUAAGCAACGUCAGCAGCAGGAUCCCAACGAUUAACCACGUCCUGGCGUCAAUCAGGCGAAAGAAGUCGAUGGACACCAUCAUCCUCUCGCUGGUCGCGUCGGUCUGCGCGUUCCUCAUGUUCAUCUACUGGCUGUCGAAGUAGGUUGUUUCGCCAGAGCAGAAAGGCAUCAUAUAGUGUUGUAAGUUUGGAUCACACUGCCCCGUACAGAUAAUGAUGAUUGGUGCUUGUACAAUAUCUCGAUUCAAUGCUAUUAAGUUUUUGAA